AUGGAUUAUAUGAUAAUUGAAUGGAUACCAUAUAAUCAGUUUGAUAAUAUUGAAGAAUUAGCAAAAAAUGAAUAUAUAAGAAACCCGAAUAAAAUAGUUGCUUUAAAAUUUUAUAAUGAUCAAAAUAUUGUCAACAAAUUUUUUAAUGAACAGUUCACAGAAGAAGAGUUAGAAGAAGCAAGUAAAAGAUCAAGGACUUCCGUGAAUUGGACUGAAUAUAAUAAGUGGGUCAAGGACGGCAAACCUUACGAAGAAGAAGAUUUCAUUGAUCAAAAAUGUAAAAAUGAUUCUCAACAAAGAUCAGUUGGAGCAAAACGAGGUAACCUUAUCAGAAAAGGAAGAUCAGGACAUGGAGUUAAAUCUAACGAUAGUUCCGGGAAGACAACUAGAAAGGCCUGGAAAAAAAGCAUUGUAUUUGCUUCCACAAAUACUAAAUCCAAAACCACCACUUGUAAAGACGGUGAAUAUAGUAAUAAAACACUUGGAUCCAAUAAAAUAUCCCAUUCUAUCAAACUACACGAACAUGAUGAUUCAAAAUCUGCAAAAAGAUAA